ACGCGUAUACUCAAAACUUGGUAUUCCAAAUUUCCAAUAACCUCUUUAUAUUUCCCUUCAUCUUACUUUUUCUCCCAAAUCUUCAUCUUCCUAUAAAAAUGCUAUGAAAAAGUGAACAAAUAGCUACAUUAUUUGGUGCAUUGCAUUAAUAACACAAUGAAGAAAACUCAAACAAAAACACUUCUUCUGGUUACAAUCUUUCUAUGUCUAACCUUAAACACACUCUCCCUCUCAACUCUCACAAUCAAUGACCAAUCUCUUACCUUCGAAAACAACCGUCUCAGAAACGCUUACAUUGCCUUACAAGCUUGGAAACAAGCCAUUCUCUCUGAUCCACAAAACUUCACAACCAACUGGGUUGGACCCAAUGUAUGCAGCUACACCGGUAUCUACUGUGCUCCAGCACCAGACAACCCUAAAAUCCGCACUGUCGCCGGUAUUGAUCUCAACGACGCCGACAUUGCCGCGCAUUUACCCGAUGAGCUUGGCCUUUUACAAGAUCUAGCACUUUUCCAUACGAACUCUAACAGAUUAUGUGGCACAGUUCCUCACACGUUUGAGAAACUGAAACUUCUGUUUGAGUUGGAUCUCAGUAAUAACAGAUUCGCUGGGAAGUUUCCGGAAGUUCUGUUGCGGAUUCCAGGCCUUAAAUAUUUGGAUUUAAGGUUUAAUGAGUUUGAAGGCAAUGUUCCUAGAGAGUUGUUUGAUUUACAGAUAGAUGCACUGUUCAUAAAUGAUAACAGAUUCUCGAAUGUGUUGCCGGAUAAUUUUGGUAACUUGCCGGCGUCUGUUGUUGUUCUGGCGAACAAUAAGUUCCAUGGCUGCAUUCCUUCGAGUAUAGGCAACAUGUCGAAUUUGAAUGAGAUUAGUUUCAUGAACAAUUUGUUUAAGUCUUGUUUGCCUGAUGAGAUUGGAUUGUUGAAGAAUCUAACUGUUUUUGAUGUUAGUGUUAAUCAGUUUGUGGGGACUUUGCCGGCGGCGAUUGGAGGUGCUGUAAGUUUGGAGCAGCUGAAUGUGGCGGAUAAUUUGUUGUGUGGUAAGAUUCCGGCGAGUAUUUGUAUGUUGCCGAAUCUUAAGAACUUUACGUUUUCGAAUAAUUUUUUCACUGGUGAGCCGCCGGCGUGUUUGAGUUUGCCGGCGUCGGAUGAUAAGAGGAAUUGUUUGCCGGCGAGGCCGUUUCAGAAGUCUCCGGGAGAAUGUGUGGCGUAUUUGUCUAAGAAGGUGGAUUGUAAGUCGUUUAAGUGUAAGGCCUUUGCUCCUUCUUUUAAUUCACCGUCGCCGGGAGUGUCACCUACCUCUCCACCAGGAAUGCCGGGUGUGGCACCUUCCUCCCCACCGUCGAUAGUGUCACCAACCUCUCCACCACUGCCGGGAACCGCACAUUCCCCUCCACCGUCAACAGUUUCGCCACCACUCCCAGGAGUGGCACAUUCCCCUCCAUCACCGACAGGAACAGUACCUUCUUCUCCGCCGGGACAUUCGCACUCUUCUCCGCCGGGACAUUCUCACUCUUCUCCACCGGGACAUUCACCACCUCCAUCAACAUCUCCAACAACUCCAGUGGGGUCACCACCGUCACACACUCCAUCACCGUCGUCUCCGCCACUAAAUACACCACCAGCACAUGCUCCUCAUUAUGACUCAUCGCCGCCACAGGCUCACUCACCUCUACCGUCACCCCAUCCUCCCCAUGUCCAUUCACCACCACCGGGAUCAACACCUUCCUUUCCACCACCAACGCACUCUUCUCCGCCGGUACAUUCACAACCUCCAUCUACAUCUCCAACACCUCCUCUAGAAUCACCACCGUCUCCGCCACUAAAUUUGCCACCACCUAGAGGUUCUCAUAAUGGCCAAUCACCACCGUCUCCACCAUUAAAUUCACCACCACCUACAGGUUCUCAUAAUGGCCAAUCACCACCGUCUCCACCAUUAAAUUCACCACCACCUACAGGUUCUCAUCAUGGCCGAUCACCACCGCAUUCACCUCAUCCUUCUCCUGUUCAUUCCUCCUCACCACCACCACCACCACCACCUUCUCAAUUUCCAUUCCCUUCUAUACAUCCACCGUCACAGGCACCGCCACCAUUUUGUAAAGACAAUCCACCUCCACCUCCACCAUCUUCAUCUUCCACAUCACCACCACGAGUAUAUGCAUCUCCACCUCCACCAAUUCAACAUACAUCUCCAUCACCACCACCUCCUUCCCCUGUUCAUCACAGUUCGCCACCUCCACCACCUACCCCUACAUAUGGAGGACCUUUGCCACCAAUCGUCGGACUCCCAUACGCGUCACCUCCACCACCUCCAUACUAUUAAUCCUUUUAGUAUCUUAUUUCCUUUUACCCUUUUCCUCUACAAUCGGUACAAGUUAUUAGUCACGUUUUUGUUAUUGUGGCUGAGAAUCUGAGAAUAUGAGAACCACCUCUAUUAUACUAUGCUACUAUGUUAGAGAAGAAAGGCUCUAAGUAUUAAUUUUGCAUUGUUAUGAUUAUGAAUAUUCUGAGUUGCGAAAUGUAAGAAUAGUUUGUAGAGAAGAAGAAAAUGUAUGUAUGGGAAUGAACAAAUUAUCAUGGUCAUGGAAACUUUUCAUUUCCAAUUUAGUACAUGUAAUGUAUUAUUAUAGUUAAUCAACAUUCCAUUUCACUUUUA